AUGAGAUCCAUCAGAAAAAGCGGCGAGAGCACUUGUCCAAAAAAACGAAGGAAUUACCAGUUCAUUUCAAUUAAACAGACGAGCUCAUUUGAAGCCUUGAAAACUCUUCCAGGUCUCGCGCCUUCUAAGCAACUCACGCCGGAUGCUAUAUUCAGUGUUGUGCAAAGGGAGCUCAAGCAGGUCAAGCUUGAUUCGCUGAAGAUAAACGAGUGCGUUCUCCACGAUAUAUCCUCCGAAGCUGCUCAAACAGAUAAGAUUGAACAUCAAUUGCAGGUUUCAAUGCGAAAGCUACAUCGGCACUAUAGAAGGAUUAUCAAGAGGAGGGAGGUGUUGGAAAACUCCACCUCGAGGAACAUAGAGUGCUGUUCCGCUGCAGUAACUAAGAUCGAAGUGUUGCUUGAAUCAUUGAAAGAGCUGUCAGACCCCCUUGUUUCAUUAAUCUACAAGAAGGAUGCUAGAUUGCCUCUUAAAAAUAGAUUAUCUAGCGAUCAGGGAAUAAAUCGUCAACACUACCCUCUUCUGUUUGAAGCGCUUAAAAAAUAUGAAUCAAAUCAUAAAUCCCAAAAGAACAACCAAUCUGCGAUUCCUGCACAGUCAAGGGCGCCUUCAUGUAAAUCAGAUACAGAUCUAUCAGCCCUUAAGGAGGCUCCUGGACAAAAAAACGAGGCCUCCUGUGAACCUAAAUCGGGCCCCGAGAGCGCCACGCCUCCGUGUGAGAAUAACAACAGUCUGCACAGCUCGGAAACCUCUCCUGUGCCAGAGAUCAGUAGUUUUACGAACCAGCAUACACACCUCGGGACAGCGAAAGCAUCCAUUCCGGAGUUUAUGCUAAUGCCUCAGUUUCGCAAAGCAUCAAGAGCUUCUGUAAUCACGACCUAUGAACAAGCUUGUCACCCAUGUCAAGUUGAAGAUCAAGAGGUUUUCGGAAAGCUUGCUGGCAGCCUACAUAAGAACCUAGAUAUCCGCAAAUAG